UGUUGCUAACAAAGCUAGACUUUGUUGUGGCUACAGACGUUGCUAAUGAUGCUAGAAGUUGGUAUGGAUACUGAUGUUGUUCCAGAUGUGAUUGAGGCGAGAGACCUGCUUUGGUGGAUGAAGAUCAUCUUGAAGUAGUUGGAGAAGGCUGCCAGGACGGCACGGUGGGCCUUGAAGUAGACGUUUCCAAUGGCAACGGUGCAGUCACACAGGAAGCCAAACUCUCUCUGCACGUUGAGCUGCUGCAGCAGGAAGAGGCUGUGAGCCGACACCUCCAUCUGAUGACGUCACAAAACACAUUUGCAUGUUGGACACACCUUUCAUCAUUAGGACAAACACACGCGCACACUUCUUUUGCACGCACACCCCACCAACAUUGCUGCGUGCGUGCGCGCGAGCUGUCUCGUACACGCCUCCGUCACGCCUGCGUCUUCAUCGUCAUCUUAUUGUCAUGCAGCAGCAGCAGCGUGCACGUCGCCAUUCGCUCGCUCGCUCGCUCGUACACACGCAGGUUCACGCGCACCUUGUGACUGAUGGAUGUGUUGAUUGAUGUCUUACCGCCAAAAGAGACGAGCGUCGUCUGUCAGAUGAUUGUUUGGGCGCGAAACUGCGUCAAGUCUCGCGACAUGUCACGGCUCGGCCGGUCACGUGAGCACUGUCACAAUAAAACACGCACACACAUACACACCUAUUGUAAAGGAAAGUGUUAUGUAGAAAAAGUGCGUGUAUAUUAUUAUAUAUGCAUUCAUGCAUAUUAUGUUGACAUCAUGUCAAAUGUACAUUUUAUGAUUUAUUUCAGUACUAAACCAUAAGAUUAUAUUGUCAUAUUGUCUCUAUCUUUACAUUCAUCCAAUAAACAUUAACAUUAGUGUUUAUUAAUGUUUAUUGUUAGAAUUAAUGAACGAAACAUGAACGUUUCUGAAUACCCUCAGGCUACAGUAACUUUAUUUUGACGGUCACCGGAAGUCUUUUAUUUUGUUCAUCCAUUCUACAGGAAGUUUAGGCGGAAGUUGUUACUGCAGUAGCUGUCUGAGAAGAAGAAGAGCAGGAGGAGGAAGAAGAAAAAGAGGAGGUAGAAGUAAAAAAAAGUCAAAUUAGUAGAAGAAGAAGUAGUAGAAGCUUGUUAGUUGAACUUUCCCACGCAGAGGAUCCGUACUGAUCAGCGGAGCUUUGGCUCAUCUUCGGCGGACAUCAGCAGCUACGACGCCGGCCUCUGGUCCUCGGAGGUGAAAAGUGAGUGUGAGGUCUGCUGUGGUCCUCAGGGUGAUGGCGAGGUCGAGUCACAGCGAGCACGUCCUCCAGCAGCUCAACAACCAGCGCGAGUGGGGCUUCCUGUGCGACUGCCUCAUCGCCAUCGGUGACAUCUACUUCCGGGCGCACAAGGCCGUGCUGGCGGCCUGCAGCUCCUACUUCAGGAUGAUGUUUAUCCGUGACCAGCAGGGGGCGGCGCGACUGGACCUCAGCAACAUGCAGAUCAGCGCAGAGUGCUUCGACCUCAUCCUGCAGCUCAUGUACCUGGGCCGCAUUGUGGCAGGAAGUUACGACUUUGAUGACCUCAAAGCGUCCAUGGCCUACCUGCAGAUGUAUUACGUCCCUGACUCUCUGGACGACCUCAGGGACAUUCACGCCCCAAACCCUACCCAGUCUUCCUCGGCAUCCUCGUCCAGCUCGUCAGCGGGGACGUCUGGCGGGAAGAUGAUGUUUGGUGUUCGCAUGUAUGAGCGGCAGCGGCCCACGCCCGCUCAAGAGCCGGACCGCCUCAUUAGAACCGUCAGCAGGUACGAGGGUGGGCCGACAGAGGACGGGCCCAGCGUCCCUGUCUUGGCUGCGGAUGCAGGAGUGGAGCAACCGUGUGACCUGAGGAAGAGGGCAGUAGGAAGGAGCGCUGCCCUCAAGGAACGCCCUCGCUUUGGCCGCACCUUUACCUGUGACGACUGCGGCUUCGUCUUCAGCUGUGAGAAACUUCUGAUUGAGCACAUCCUGACUUGCACCAACAGAAAAGCCUACCAGCCGGGCCGUAGAGUGGACAUGGACGCAGGCGCCUCCAAGGCCGAGAGCUCCACCUCUGACAGCACAGAGGAGCACAGAGCGCUGUCUGACCUCUGCCCGCUAGCAGCUGGGUCAAAUGGCGAGGCGGGAUCUACUUGCUGUAUUUCUGUCAAGACUGAACCGCCUGACAGCCCGCUCACCGACACCCAGCGGGUCGAGGGUGGCGCUCUGGUGUCCACAGAUGUAGGAAAAGCGGCGCAGGGGAAAGAGCGACAUGCAUGCGAGGAGGCGCCCGGCGUCUCCGGCGUGGACAAGCGGGUGUGCGACGCUUCUGGCACGUCGGGCCAGUUUUUGGAGGUGAAAGACGAGAAUGGCGAGAGCGCCCCCUGCGAGCUGUGCGGGGCGUUGCUGAGCGAGGAUGACAAGUCGGCCCACUACCUGUCCAGUCACAUGGGCCACAUCUGCGCCUGCGGGAGGUGUGGACAAGUGCUGAUCAAAGGCCGCCAGCUGCAGGAACACGCCGAGCGCUGCGCAGAGUCCCUCGGCGGCGAAUCGGACUCGCAUGGCGAGGAUGAGGAUGAGGCUCACGUGGCGGAAGAGGGGGCGGAGCUAGCCUGCCCUCACUGUGGCCUGCCCUUCCACAGCGAGAGCCUGGCUUUGGAACACGCCUUGUCCUGCCACGACCCCGACCUCUUCCGCUCACCCGGGGGGCCUGACCACCGGCGCAAGCACUUCUGCAGCAUCUGUGGCAAAGGCUUCUACCAGCGCUGCCACCUGCGCGAGCACUACACCGUGCACACCAAGGAGAAGCAGUUUACCUGCCAGACCUGUGGCAAGCGCUUCCUGCGCGAGCGCCAGCUGCGGCUGCACACAGACAUGCACCGCGGCGUGGCGCGCUACGUCUGCCCCGUAUGCGACCAGGGCACCUUCCUCAAGCACGACCACGUCAGGCACAUGAUCUCACAUCUGGCAGCUGGCGAGACCAUCUGCCAGGUUUGCUUCCAGAUCUUUCCUGGCGGUGAGCAGCUGGAGGAGCACAUGGACGUUCACCUGUAUGUGUGCGGCGUGUGCGGACAGAAGUUCCGUCUGCGCAAGGACAUGCGCAGUCACUACAACCUCAAACACGCCAGGAGACUGUAGGACGUCUUUGCCUUCUCAGAACUAUAUUAUUGGUCACUGUGCUACUGUGGGCGGGGCCAAGCCCAAACAGCAUCCUGGUGGACUUGAAAGAGUUAGCAUGUUAGCAUGCUUGGCUACUUGCAGGGAUGCAUGGUGAUGAAGAUGAUGAUGAGUCGUGUCAGACUUUUAAUAAACUUUACUUUUGUCAACAAGUCUUUUGUUUUGAGAUGCACACACACACACACACACACACACACACACACACACACACUUUGUAUACAGUAAGAGACCUAAUCAAGACUAGGUGGUUUAUUCGGGGAAUGACCCACCUAUAGUCCUACAACAGAACUGUGAGUCCCUCUUACCAAUCAGGUGGGCAGAGACAGGUGUGGUGUUAUAAAUAGGAAAUGGGGGUGGAGCUUGAACAAAGUUCUAGCUAUAGAACUUGUCCUCGCUCGGGUCACAGCUGGGUUGGAGCACGCUUGAGCAAAUUUCUGUCAGUCCAAAUAUUUGAUGAGCUGUCUUUAUCAAGUGUGUGUGUUGUGCUUGGCUAAUGCCCAGUCCACGGUAUACCCCGCCCCUCACUCAAAGUCCACUAGGAUAGGUUCCAGCUUAUCAGAGACCUGAAUGAGGACAAGCGUUACAACAAAUAUAUGGAAAGAUAGAUGUUUAUUACAUAGAAUACCACAGUAAUAACAAGUAUCUUGUGAUCUUACACACUGCUAGCCUGAUUGAUCAGGUGACACCAGCAAAAUAUGAUGAUGGUGAUUUGUCCUGGUCAUGCUUGUGCACAUUUGACACAAUUGUAAAUACUCCUAUCACGAUUGCUGUCAUUGUCUCUUGUGUAACAUUAGCAUGUUGAUGUGCAGACUAGCAGCUAGUUAGCAACAUUAGCAUCAACAUGUUGCGAUCGCGCCAAUACACACGCAAAUUCAACUAAUCCCUACAAAUUAUGGGGAACAAAGCCAAUUUUGCACAUUUUUGUGUGCCAUGUUGGCAAAAUGCCUUUCUAUGUUUUUAUUUUUGUUCAUUAAUAACAUACUUUGUUUGUCAACAAAAUUUCCUGUUAUAAUUACAUAGAAGGGAAAUCACAACCAUGUAUUGCAACUUUUGACUUUUUCCCUGAAUUUGCAACAAACACCCAAAAAACGCUGCAAAUUCCAUUGCAAUCUUGGGGAAACAUUUGAGAAGAUCCUUGAAGCAUUGUUUGAUGUGUGCAUUUAGCAGCUAGCCACAUUAGCAUGACGUUUGGCCUGCAGCUUGCUGGAUUAGCACGUCUCAUCUAGCAUUACCAUGACUUCUGGGCAAGCAGCUAGCUGCUUUAGCAUGUGAGUAACAUUGAAGGGAGUCAGUAUCAAAUGUUUGCGAACAAAGGUUUGAUGUAAGUUUGUAUAAAGAACAUAUUUCAUACUUUGGCCUCAAAUGUUCCUGCCAUCAGGUUCAACAAACUUAGCUGUCCAAACAGCAGCCGAGGUCAGGCGUCACAGGAACUUGCAUAAAAUAGUGGCAGCGAGCGUUGCGGUGUCACACGUAGAGAUGGCGUCCUCGUGCUUCAUCGCUUUGCUGCUGCUGUGCUCCGUAUUCGGACUGCAGGCUCAGACCACAGGGCCCGUGGCGUUCUCCGUGGCCCUGAAAAGCGAUGACGACACGGCCGGCGACCACGGACCCUUCAACACGGACACCACGCUGGUCUUCAAGAGGGUGGCGACCAACUUGGGUAACGGCUACGAUGUCAACACAG